CAAGCAUUUGCCAACAACCAUCAAGGCAUCAACCAAGGUACUCGUUUACAACCUGCCCUUGUCUCUCCCAUCUUUUUCCUCUCAUCUCGCUAACUUUUGUUGUCUUUUUUCUUCUCUAUCUCUUUUUAUCCAGUGCCUUUUUUCUAUUUUACAAUCUUUUUAUAUAUCUUUCUUUACAUGGCGCGUCUUCCCCCCAUAACCGAUUUUUUUUUUUUCUUUAUCCGGCUUGCUAUUAGUAUGGCCCAGACGCAUUCAGUAACGUGACUAGUAAAGAAGUUCUUUUUUGUUGUAUAAAAAAAAAUAUAUUUAUAAAUAUUUACAGAUUUAUUAUGACAAUACUUGUGUCGAUGUUUAAUUAGUGUUGUGUUUUUAUAUAUUUUUAUUAUUAAAACAAAAUUAAUGUGAACGUAAAUUUUAUCUACAUAAAAUACAGUGAUAAAAAAUAAUAAAAUCAAUAUCGAUAAAUGAAUGUGUAGAUAUUUUUUAAUCUACACAGGAAAUAAAUAUUUGUAUUACUAAAAUCAGCUGUGUUUUUUACUGUGCCAUAGGAUUUUAAUAUAAAAAAUAAAAAAUAUUUAUUUGAAAAUGCUAAUAAACUAAAAAAUAAUAUUUAAAUUGAUUUAUUAAUUCAAUGGAUCCUCAAAAUAAUUCUCGUUGUUUGCAAAUGCAACAGAUGCAAAAUAAUCCUGACAAUGGUCUCUGCCAAACAACUCUAUUACCUGCUGAUUCAAUCUACGUGCAUCAUCAGCAGCAGCAUCACAAUAAUAUAAAUGAAGAUGAAACAACAGCAUCAACAACAACAACAACAACAAUGCACAGUGAAAAUCGUAAUCGUUGUCAGUCUAAAAUUGAUAAUCAACAAAAAUAUCGUAGAAAUAAAGAACGUCAUAUUGAAGGAAGAUCAUUGAGUCCAGCAUCAAGUUCAGAUAAUAAUGAAAUAUUUACAACAACAUCUAGACAACAAUCACAUCGACAUAGACAACAUUCUUCACAUCGUCAUAAACAUUUAAAUAAUAAAAAUAAUAAUAGUGAUAAUAUUUAUCAAGAUAAUAGAAUUGAAAAUCAUCAACAACAUCAACAGCAUCAACAUUCAACAGGAUUAAAUAUGCAUCAAGUAAAUUAUUGUCAUGGUUAUCAUGAAAUUGGACCAACAACAUCAUGUUAUUCUGAUGUAUGUAAUUCUGAUAUACAUAAUACAAUUGAAGAUAAUAAAAAUUCAUUUACACCAUCAAAUUAUCAAGAUAGAUAUUCUGUUUUUGAUGAUGAUAUUUAUGGUCAAAUGUCAUCACAGCCAACAUCUGUUACUGAAACAAUAAUAAGUUCAAGAAUAUCACCAUCAUCUUCAAAUGUCAUUGGUCCAUUACAAAUUCAAAAUAUAACAAAUGAACAUCAACGUAUUAGUUCUGGUGUAUCAUGUGAAUCAUCAUUAUCAUCAGCAAGUAAUAAACAUCAUGAACGUUGUAUGACUGAACAACGUAGAAAUCAUCCAAGACAUAAUAAUAAUUUUGUUCAAUCAUAUACAUUAAAUCAUCCACAACGUACAAUACGUGAAAAUGAAAAUAAUAGUCCACUUCUUAUUGGUCUUGAAUCAAUUCAGAUGAAUGCACCAGCUAAAAAAAAAUGUACGUGUCAUAUGGAACAUACUCAACAACAGUUGCAAUUGCAGCAUCAACAACAUCAUCAACAACAACAACAACAAUCAUUACAAAAUGAUAAUGAUAUUCAACGACAACAAGCUGUUCGUCAAACAAAUCAUUAUAGCAGUUAUAUUGAACAUGGACAAUUUGAUAAUUUAGAAAAAAGACAACAUGGAAAUGAUGAUGGUAGUAAUGUUAUAACAUCUUCAUCAAGAAUUCGUCAGCCUCCUGCGUUACCACCAAGACCACCAACAAGACCCAAUAGACAAUAUGAAACUACAGCCUAUGAUCGUUGUGCUGAUAAUGGUGAAGGUGGAUGUUGCAAAAAAUAUGUAGUACUUUGUUGUCUUUGUGGAGGUCUUAGUGCAGCAGUUGGAAGUUUAUUUCUAGCUGUUCAUGCUGUACUUUCAGCUCAUACAGCAAGUCUAAUGCAUUUCGAAACAGUACCAUCUUAUAUUCCAGGUUUUAUGUUGAUAAUGAUGGGUCUAUUUACAAUUUUAUUAGCAAGAAGAAAACUUAGAUAUGGUAUUUUGAUGAAAAUAUGUGGAUCAGUUGGUGUUGUUUGUGCUUUAAUUUGUGUUCUUGUUACUGUGACAACAACUGUCAUUCACAUGUCAAAGCUACAAAGUUUACGUGAAUGUGUUUACACAGCAAGAGCAAGAUCUUGUACUUGUUAUGGUGCUUUACAAGGACGAGGUAAUAGUGACACUGGUGUUUUGUUUGAAGGUAUUCCACAUUGUGAAGCUGUUCAUGGUGCUCUUUAUGCUUGUCUUCGUGCACUUUUUGGUAUUUCAGUUGCUGGUAUUUUAGCAUGUAUAUUUUCAUGUAUGCUUGUGUACCAAUUGUUAAGUCAUGAAAAGAAAAAAAUGUACUGGGAACAAUUAGAAUUAAGAUGCAGAUCUUUGUAUGGACAAGGAACUGGUGCACCAGUUGGUAAUGCAUCAGUUGGCUCAUGUGGUUGCUGCAAUGACUGUGGGAAUUUAAAUCCCUGGUGGGCUCAAACACCAGGAAAUUUAUAUACACCAAAUCCCGAUAUUGCCCCAUCUAGAAGAUGGCGUCUACCUUGGUCACGUUCGCGAGGUCCAGCACCAACUCCCGAUUCAAAUUAUGGUUUUAAUGCACAAUCUAUGAGACACGCUAAUGUUGAUGAUAAUGAUCCAUCCCAUGGAAGCACAAUAAAUGUUCAAACACCUUAUGGUUUUAUGGAUUCACAUCAUCAUCAUCAAAGUGGUCCUUAUUCUGUUCUUAAUACUCAUUCUCAAAGCACAUCUUAUACACCAAAUACAGCAUCAUAUAGUGUACUUGAAACACGUGUACCAUUGUGGGGACCACCACCUCCCUACAGUGAUCCCAACAGUCCUGCAAGACAACCACAAAUUAAUGAGCAUAAAAAUUGUUCAUCAAUGGAUUCAUCAUCUGCUUCAUCAGUUGUUGUUAUGAUGUCAACAACACGUGGUGCUUCAUCAUUAACACAAACAUUACCAACGUCAUCUAGACUUGCUGCUAUUAAAAAUCAUGCUGAUAAUUUUGAAUCUACCAAUGAAGGUAAUAAUAUACGAACAGUUACACAAAAUUUUGGAUAUUCAGAAAAUUAUGAAAAUUCUGAGGAACUGUUGAAUAAUGCAAAAUUAGAAGCUGGUAUUAAUAAUGGAAAUACAAUUAAUAAAUUAAGAAGACAAAAAAAAACAUUAAAAGGUGUAGAAAAUGAUGCAUUUCAACAAGAUAAUAAAUUUUUACAAGCUGCAAAUCAAUUGGAAAUUGAUAAAAUUUAUUUCGAUAAUAAUUCUUGUUGUAAUGGACUUGAUAAUAGUACUAAUAAAAUUGAUCAUGAUAAUGAUGAAGAAGUUUCAAUUAAAGAACAUCAAGAAGAAAAUAUGGAACAAAGUAGUUACACAUCUUCUCCAAUAGACAAAAUAUAUCAUACAAAAAGAUCUCGUUUACCUUUACCACUUCCACCUCAACAAAACUCAACUUGUCAUAAUGAUGUAUCAAUUGAAUCAACAUGUGAACAAAAUUACAUGAAUAGCAAUGAAGCAAUGUCAUUGCCAGAAGAAUUUUUAGCACCAGAUGCUCAGUAUGAUUUAAUACAACAAGGUAAUUGUUAUGGUUACUGUCCAGCCAAAAAUAUUAACGAAAGUCGAGAAAAUUUAUCAAAUUAUUCAUUCAAAGAUAUAUCAAAUCGAGACUUUAAAUCAAAAGACAAUGUCUAUGAAAAGAAAUCAUCUCAAUCAAGUAGUGAAGCACUAGAUGAUAAUUUAAUAAAACAAAAUGAAGAAGAACAUCAGUGUUGUUCAAAUAGCAGUGUUGAUCUUGAAGCAGAUUGGAAAAAUUUAGAGCAAAAAUUAAAAUCAGAAAAGGGAGUUUGUCCAAUAAAUGUUUAAAAUAUAAUUGAAAAAAAAAAAAUAUAUAUA